AUGGAGCAGCCUGUGGAUAAGGAGACAGCUAAGGCUCAGUUUCGCUCGUCACGUCUGUCUUGGAGCAAUCAAGCUGAACACAAAUUGAAACAAGAGCUGAGCGACAUUGCGAUCGCCAAAUGCCACAGCGUCGCAGAAAAAUUUGCCGAAUGUGCUAAAGCCAAUGGUCUCCUGGUUGUCUUCAAGUGCCAGGACCAUAAUAAGGCUCUAAACGCCUGUCUGCAUCAGUAUACAAACGACGAACAGUUUGAGAUUUACCGCCAGAAGCGCGAGAAGACCAUGUCUGGAGAGGAGAAGACCAUGUCUGGAGAGGUGAAGACCAGUUCCAUGUAG